AUGAUUUAUCCAAAAAAUAAACUAUAAUCAGCAGGGUAAGCUACUUUGUCUCGUAAGAAUUACACAUCAGAAUAAAGAGAAGAAAUUAAAAGACAAAUUGCUGAUAGAUUAUCAAAGAAGUAUGGUUUAGAUUUGACAGAAUAAAUCAAUGCGAAAGUAAAUAGCUAUCUUAAUCAAAAUUAAACUAUAACUGCUGAAGGGUAUUUGAGUUUAGAAUAUAUGUAGGAUAUAAAAUUUAGAAUAAGAAAUCAGUCGUUAAAAGGCAUUACCUUAAUUAUAAUAAUAACAAUCAACAAAUCAAGUCAAGUAAAAAGAUGAAGAUGAUUAAAAAUCAGUUGUUUCAAAAAUGUCAGGUGCAUCCAAUUUUGAUAUGGUCGAUUAAUAUACACAUAAAACUGAAAAAAACACAGAAGAAAAGAAGAGCUAAAAGAUGACAGGUUUACAUACUAAGAAAAUUGAAAAUGACUUAGCAUUUCUUAAUGAAGAAAAUUAAUGGGGUGCUAUUUAUAAAUAUAAUAAAUACCUUUAUGAUAAGGAAACUGAUAUUAAAAAAUAAAGAGAAGUAGAAAGAAAGAAGAAAAUUAAAGAAGAACUAGAUUAAUAAGUUGUUGAAAAAUAAUCAAAAAAAGUAUUAAGUAAAAAGGAAGAAAAUGCAUUCUAUGAAAAUUAGAUGUAUUAAUGUACACUGUUUGAUUAAAAAGAAUAGGAAAAAGCAGAUAGAGUAAAUUUAAUUACAAUAAUUAGGCUAAACAAAUUAAGAUGAUUGAGAAAUAAGCAAGAGAUUAAUAAGUUAAGGAAAUUAAAAAAAAUAGAAGAAUAGAAGAUAAAUAAGAAAAGGCGUUGGAUAGUUAUAUGAUCCAAAAAGUAAGAGAAGAAUUAGAUGAUGAAUAAAAGUUUUUAUAAUUCAAAAAAGAACAUCAAUAUUAGGUUAUGUAAAAGCUUAUGGCAGAAAAUGAGGAAAAGAAAAGAGUAUAAGAAAAGGAAAAAGAAGAUGAAAGGUAAGAGAACAUUAGAUUGAUGGAUGCUUAUUGCAAAUUAUUAGAUAAAUAAGAAGAAGAAAGAUAAAAAGCAAUAAAGGAGAGAGAUGAAAAGAUAAAAUAAUAUCAGGAAAAGGCUAUGGAAAUGUAAGAGAAGGAAUUAGAAAGUAUAAAAAAUAUUUUAAUAAUUAGAAAAAAUUGGUUAGCUAGAAAAGAGAGCAGACAAAUAUGAAUAAAGAAAAGAGAGAAGAAUACAAGAACUUGAGAAGGAAGCAGAAAGAAAGAAAUGGGAAACUAAAUUGAAAACACGAGAAUACUUAAAUAAAUAGAUGGAAGAGAAGGAAGUAUAGAAACAAAGAGAAAAAUUAAGGGAUUAAGAAUAAGUAAGAGAAAUAUAAUAGAUUAGGCUACUUUGUGGAAAGAAGAUACAACUAAUUAUUUUCAAUUUGAAAAAGAAAGAGAUGUUGAGAAAAAAAAAAUCUACAAGGAAUAUCAAGAUACAUUAUUAGAAUAAAUGAAAGAAAAAUCUCAAGCGAAAAAAGGCAUAAUUGAUGAAAUGCUGAGACAUGAAUAAAUGCUAAGUAAAAAUACAUUGUCAGAAUUGGAUUAAAUGAAAUAAACAGCGUCAUGAAUUAUUUCAUAUAUAAUAUAAAUUUGGC